CUUGCUCAGAUUAGUCCGAUCUGUCGUGAUCCUAGCAAGACGGUGCCGCCUGUAGUCAUACAGGGAGCCAGCCGGCCUGAGUUUAGGAUUGAAGGAGUGUGAGAAUAGAAGUUGUGGUACGUGCAGUGACAACUGGAAAGCAGUGCGGGUGGAAGUGUGUGACUUGGUCACUUCAGUACAGUGGAACGCAUUUGUUCAGUACCUGUUUCUAGUGACUAUUAGCACCUGUGGUGUGCGAUGCUCUGCUGGCUGGGUCUGAUUGGGAAUGUGCAGUCCUAACUUUAAUUUUGGAGGUGUUCAAUUGGGUCCUUGUGAGGCCGGGUGCUGUGAUUGCACCUACCGUCUAAAAGACGAAACUGAAAGUCGAAAGGGUAGCGGGAACUCGGGUCGGCUGGUUCAAGGCCCAGCAAGUGCACUUUCCCAAUUCCAGAACAAGUGGCACCUUGCCCUCAACGCCGAGCCGCCUUGGCUGUCAAUUGAAUCUGUGUGCUAGCCCCCUUAACCUGCUUACUAGUACCAUUCAGUCUAACGCUGACCCCGACCGAACAUAGGCUGCCUCUUUGCUUAGUUGAACGAGUCAACCUAGAACGCUUCCAACAGGACUAUUAUCCUGUGAUUGACUAUUUUAUAUUAUAAACCCCAGUAGUAUUUUUUCUUCUAUUUUAUCUUUACAUUAAAACCAAUCAAGAUGAAGCUCACCAAUCUUGAUGAACGCAUUCAUGUCCUGGACGGAGAGACUAGCCCAUCCUCAGUCCUCCAGGCAAUUUGUCAGUCAGGAAUCCAAGAAGAGGCAUUUUACAUCUGUGAUGCCGAUGAAAUUAUUUUUAAGUACAAGCAGUGGAAACUUCUGCUUCCCCGUGUUCAGCCCCAUUAUGCUGUGAAAUGCAAUGACAGCACAGUUGUUCUUGAAAUUCUUGCUGCACUUGGAACCGGCUUUGAUUGUGCAUCCAAGGGUGAAAUCAACAAAGUUUUGGACCUUGAAGUAGACCCCAACCGUAUCAUCUUCGCUCAUCCCUGUAAACCGGCUUCUCAUAUUCGCCAUGCUGCUGCCUUGGGAGUCAACCUUACAACUUAUGACAAUGUCACUGAGCUGCACAAAAUGAAGAGCCUCCACCCAACCUGCAAUUUGGUGUUGCGCAUGCGCUGCGAUGCUUCAUCCUCAUGUUCUCAGCUUGGCAUCAAAUACGGAUGUGAUCCUGUCACUGAGGGUCCCAACCUAUUGACCCUUGCUCGUGAUCUUGGAUUGAAUGUUGUUGGUGUGAGCUUCCAUGUAGGUUCUGGAUGCCGCGAGCCUGCUGCUUUCCGCAGAGCCAUCUCUCUUGCUAGGGAUCUCUUCGAUUUCGGCACUGGCCUGGGCUUCAAUAUGACCCUUCUGGACAUUGGUGGUGGCUUCCCUGGAGACAACAAUACCAACUUUUCUGAGUGUGCAGAUGUCAUCAACAAAUCUUUAGACGAGCUUUUCGCAUCUCCUGAGAUCCAAGUAAUUGCUGAGCCUGGCAGAUACUUUGUCUGUUCCGCCUUUACUCUGGCCACAAACAUUCAUUCCAAACGAGAGAUCCGUUCCAAAGAGGGCGACAUCACCAGUGUCAUGUAUUACAUCAAUGACGGUGUGUACGGCUCAUUCAAUGCCAAGCUGUAUGAGGAUGCUGUCUUCCAUGGUGUGCCUCUCGAGACACCCAAAGGCAAACUGAUUCCUUCCUCUGUGUGGGGACCAACUUGCGACGGCAUUGAUAAGGUUCAAGAGAAUGUGCUGCUUCCUCUUAUGGACUUGGGCAGCUGGAUCAUCUAUCAAAACUUGGGUGCCUACUCUUUGCCUGUCGCGAGUCCCUUCAAUGGUUUUCCCGUGCCCAAGGUGCACACCGUGUCCUCACACGCAGCAUGGAUGUUGUUGAAAGACCGCCUGCCGAUGUCCCCCGAGCACUUCGUGGAGGGCAACACCCCGGCCAACCUGUGCAUGGGCUUGGACCUGGGGGGCGCCGCCCCCAUCGCCGAGGUGGCUCGCCGCCUGUCGCUGGCCGGCGCCCUCCCGGACCUGUCCCUGUCUCUGUCCCGCACGUCCCUGGACUCCAAGGGCUCCGAGGACCGCGACCACGACAUGUCCGACAUGUCCGACAUGUCUCCGUACAUGUCCCCGCCCAUCAUGUGUCGCCGCGCCUCGGUCGUAGACUCCUCGGACAUGACUGGCACCUCGCCCCUGUUCAUUGAAUUCAUCCAAGUUGGUCCUAUGGAUUAGCUCACCUUUUCGCUCUGGUGUCCCAGAUAAGACUUGACAACUGAUCAAAAACUGAAAAGAAAAAAAAAGAAGCCUGAAUAUAUUUUAGUUUAAAAAUGAUUUUUCAACUUCAUACCAGCAUUUUUGUCUGGUUUGAAUUUUUAUUCCAACUCUUGGGACCUAAAAGUGACUUCUUGUCACAAACUUUUAAUUGCCAAUUUUUUUUAAUUUUUAUUUCUAUUAUACUUGGGUGUGAAGUAAUGUAGUUCUACAAAUAAUAUGAACAUGGGGUUUCACAUGUAUCAAUUAUUACAUAGCUUGUUAAAUGACAUUCAUUUGUUGACCAUUUCAUUCAAUUUUUCUGACUAAAAAAGUUUUCUGGAGUAGCUUUUAUGUCAAUGGGCUGUAUUCCAUCAAAAUUUGGUUUUUCUUGUAUCUUGCAAGAAAAGCUGCAACUAGUUCAUUCUUGUACUUAGGUAAUUUUGUAUGUACUUAAUUCAAGACUGGCCAUGAAAUGAAUUUUUCUUAAUGAUGUAUCAUCCUAUUUCAAUGCAGGGUAUUACAUAUGAAUUUCAUAAUUAUGACUUUGACAGUCCAUUUUUCUUUUGUGUUAUUGAAUUGCCUAAUGUCCAUUUUGGUUGGUUUGUGGAUUGUAUUUGUUGGGGUAAAGUGAUGGUCAACACUUUCAUGUUUUUUAAAACAUUACCUUUGUUUUGGAAGUGUUAAAAGAAAUCCAACUUCUGUUUUUGAAUAUCAUGGUUGGAUUUGAUCACAAUUGCACUCCUACUGGAAAGGACACAAAUUGUCCAGGAUGUGUAAUCUUGAUUUGUUUUUUUAAAUUUGUUUUAUCAGUGUCUGAAACUUUACAUCAACUAUGUUGCUUUUCUGAAUGUUAAUCAAUUGCAUUCAUCUUAUCAUGUUUGAUUGGGUAAUUUUAAGAAUCAAGGUGAAAUGGUUAUUCUAUUGGGGUUUUAUGAUAUUAAUUAUUAAUCAUAGUGUUAGUGUAAUGAUUAUGAACUGCAUCUGGUAUGGAGUGUUUUUGCAUUGUUGCAUGACAACAUUUGCCAUUACUUACAUCAGAUCUGGUUCAGGAAGCGUUGUAGGGGUAAGUUCCCUUAAGCAAAGAGGCAGCUUGGCUGGAAAAUGUGGAUUAUUUCAUCUUUUUUUUUGUGGUAUUAAAUGAAACAAAAAAAAA